AUGGCGAGCAGCAGCGGCAGCCAGUGCGAGGCCUGCCGCGGCGGCAUUGGCCUCUGGCAGGAGGCGUUCACGUCGGAGUGCGCCCACACGUUCCACCUCCGCUGCGUCUCCGGGAGCGCCGCGUGCCCGGUCUGCGCCGCGCGGUGGAGCGACGCGCCGGCCACGGGCCCCGCCCCGGCGCCGGCCACCCCCUUCUCCUUCGCGUCGAUUCCGCCUCCGUCGACGGGCCUGUUUGGGCAGCUGCCGUCGUCGACGCCGAACCCCUUCUCGUCGUCGUCGACACCGAACCCGGCGCCUGCCAACGCCUUCUCCUUCGCAACGCCUCCGCCAUCGUCGACGGGCCUGUUUGGACAGACGGCCGCGGCGGCGGCGAACUCGUCCUCCCAGACAUGCCUGUUUGGGCAGACGUCGCCGUCGACGACUCAGAACCCCUUCUCCUUCAGCUUCUCUGGACCGCAGCCGGCAUCUCCGCCGUCGCCGCUGUCCACCGGGAGGAGCCUGUUUGGCCAGCAGACACAGUCGACGCUAAACCCCUUCUGGCUCGACUCCGCGCCGCCAGCAAUGCGGACGCCGUCGUGCGCAGUCUGCCACGGCGCCACGGGCCGCGGCCAGGCCACCGUCACAUCCGAGUGCGACCACACGUUCCACCUCCGCUGCUUCUCGGGCAGCGUGUGCCCUGUCUGCGGCGCGCGGUGGCGCUACGAGGUGACCGUGGCGCAGUCGCCGCCACUCAACCCCACUUCCUCGCCGCCACGACCGCCCUUAUUUCAGCCACCUGCCGCAAACACUUCCACGCCCUUCAGGUUCAACCCCUUUCCCUGGCCAUCCGCGUCGGGCAUAUCUUUCGGGCCGCAACCGCCUUCGUCGGACACGGCGCGCCCCGUCCCCGUGUUCAACGACGACGAACCCGUGGAGCGGCCACUCGACGGCCGGGACACCGCCCAGGAAACAGCGAGCAAUCGAGUACUCGUCCUGAAGACGCACUGCGAGCACCCGGCUGUCGCCAGAGACUCGGCCCUAGACAACUUAGCGGUGCUGGUGCACGCCAAGGGCCCCGCCGCGGCCGCCGAGGCAUCGGAGCGCGCGCCGCUCGACCUCGUCACCGUACUCGACGUCAGCGGCAGCAUGUCUGGCCCCAAGCUGGAGCUACUGAAGAAGUCCAUGGGCUUCGUCAUCGACCACCUCGGCCCUAGCGACCGGCUCAGCAUCGUGAUCUUCUCGUCCAACGCUCGCCGCAUCAUCCGGCUCACACGCAUGUCGGACGGGGGGAAGGUCUCAGCCAAGAGGGCCGUGGAGUCCCUCGCCGCCACCAGCACCACGAACAUUGGAGAUGGGCUCCGGGUCGCCGCUGAGGUGCUUGACGGCCGCCGCCACAGGAACCCCAUCGCGAGCGUUAUCCUUCUCUCGGACGGCGAGGACAACCAUACUCUUGGCGGUUUCUUUUCAGCUGCUGGUUGCUCCAAGAGCUAUAACGACCUCGUGCCAUUGUCCCUGAGGCGCAGCAACGACCACCGGUGCCCGCCGGUCCACACGUUCGGGUUCGGCAUGGACCACGACGCGGCGGCGAUGCACGCCAUCGCGGAGGCGACGGGUGGCACAUUCUCCUUCAUCCAGAACCAGGCGGUGCUGCAGGACUCGUUCGCGCAGUGCAUCGGCGGGCUCCUCUCGGUCGCGGUGCAGGAGGCGCGCGUCGACGUGGAGUGCCUGCACCCUGGCGUGCGCGUCCGGACGGUCAAGUCCGGGCGCUACGAGAGCCACGUCGUCGCGGACGGCCGCGCCGCUUCGGUGGACGUCGGCGAGCUGUACGCGGACGAGGAGAGGCGCUUCCUGCUUUUCCUGGACGUGCCCGUCGCGGCCGGGGAUGGCGCGGCUGAAGACGGCGGCGUCACCCCUCUGAUCAAAGUGAGCAGCACUUACAAGGACGCGGCAACCGGGCGGUCGGUGGACGUUGCCUGCGAGGACGCCUCGGUGCGGAGGCCGGUGGUGGUGGCGGACAUGGAGCCGUGCGUGGAGGUCGCGUGGGAGCUGUUCCGCGUGGAAGCGGCCGAGGACAUCGCGGCGGCGCGGGCCGCGGCGGAGCGCGGCGAGCACGCGAAGGCGGCGCGGAUACUGGACCGCCGGCAGGAGGCCUCGGCGGCCGCCGGGCUGGCCGGCGACGAGCGGUGCGCGGAGCUGGUGGCGGAGCUGCGCGAACUGAGCGCGCGAGUCGCGGACCGGCGCGAGUACGAGCAGACGGGGCGCGCGUGCCUGCUUGCCGGCAUGAGCUCGCACGCGCAGCAGCGUGCGUCCACGGUGCAGCUCUUCGCGUCCGCCGCGCCCUCGGCAUCGCCGUUCGGGGCGACGACGGGAUGCUUGCCCGGGGCAAGUAUGGGAUCACCGUUCGGGGGUUUCGGCCAGCUACAAGGAUCACCUUUCGGUUUCGGGGCCUCGACUGGUGCAUCAUCGUCAAGUCCGUUCGGGGAGCUGCCCGUGUUCAGCACAGCGGCGCCGGCGCCGGCGCCGAGAUUCGGGUUCAGCUUCGCGACACCGGCGAUGCAGAGCAUGGUGGAAUCGUCGAGGAAGGCACGCGAGCAGCAGCAGUCCGAGCCGGGUGGCAGUCUCUUUGGUCCCAAGUAGGACAAGCGGAAGCUGGCUGGCUCGGAGCCUAGGGUGUUGAAUCCCGGAAGAACUGACGUUGAAGGCCUGUACUACUUAUCAUAGGGUUACAUUAGAAAAGAAGUUAGUUAUCUCUUAUCAGGUUAUAAAGUUAGCCUUGGUUUGUUUCGUCGUUGUGAAAAUGAGUUGAAGGUCCGAUGUGAACUGCACUUCAGUUUUGCUGCUAAGCCCUCAGUUUUGCA